GAUUUUAUUGAUUCAUGUUUACGUCAUAAAAAUGAAAUGGUUAUUUAUGAAGCUGCAUCAACAAUUGUAUCACUUAAAUGUGUUACACCAAAAGAACUUAGUUCAGCUGUUAAUGUUUUUCAAUUAUUUAUUUCAUCAUCUAAACCUGUUUUACGUUAUGCAGCUGUUCAAACACGUAAUAAAGUUGCUAUUCAAUAUCCAGCAGCUGUAACAGCUUCUAUAACAACUCUUCUUAAAACGGGUAAUGAAGCAGAUGUUGAUCGAUUAAUGAAACAAAUCUCAUCAUUUUUAUCUGAAAUAUCAGAUCAAUUUAGAACAGUUGUUGUUGAUGCAAUUAAAUCAUUAUGUCAAAAAUUUCCACGUAAACAUACUGUAUUAAUGACAUUUCUUUCAAAUAUGUUACGUGAAGAAGGUGAUUAUGAAUAUAAAAAGGCAAUUGUUAAUACAAUUAUUUCAAUUGUUGAAGAAAAUCCUGAAGCAAAAGAAGCAGAUUAUGAACAUACAUCAUUAGCUACUCGUAUUAUUCAUUUAUUCGGUCGUGAAGAACCACGUACAACAACACCAGCAAAAUAUAUUCGUUAUAUUUAUAAUCGUGUUAUUUUUGAAAAUGCACCUGUUCGAGCUGGUAACACUUUUCUUUUUUUUUUUGUAUCUAUUUAUUUCUAA